UUGGUGUAAUUAAACCAUUCAGAAUAGUUGUGUUUGCUGAAGAUGGCUCACUCGAGGCUGCUGAGUGUAUUCUGCCUGAUUAUGAUCAUCAUGGUUCAUGGACAGAAUCAGCAAUCAGAGAGGAAGUUGGAAAUUUCCGUGGAUAAAUUGAUAAAUGAUCACGAUGUUGAUGGGUAUCGGCUGUUGUAUUUGCUGACUGAUGGACAAUUCCGGGAAGAGCGUGGGUUCCUGAGGAAGCAAUUGGGCAGCAAUGAAAUGAUUUGGACUGUCAAUGGGCGCUACGGUUACAAAUCUCCUGAGGGAAAACAAUUCAAUUAUGAAUACACAGCAGAUGAAAACGGAUACAGGCAGAUAUCACAUGGCUUGGAACGUGAAGCUACAACCAGGAUUGAUCCGAAGGAAUUGAUUUCACUGGUUGGAUAGUAAUGAAAAAAUAUUGAUGAUCUUGAAAAGUAUGGAACACUUCUAUUAUUAGGAAAGAAAAAAAGGUAGAAGCAACAUUGAAGUUUUAGUGAUUUGAGAGGCUGUAAUAUAAUCAUAAAAGAACACUUGGAAAUCAAAUAUAUUGGGCAUUUGAAAAGCA